GAGGAAUAAUAUAAAUCAGAACCAAAAAAAGUGUGUAUAUUAGUGAGAAUUUAGAAAUACGAUUUUCCUGUUCGAUGUGGUAAUUCCAUCCAGGGGUCCGGCGACUUCCAACCCUCCUCUGAAACCCUCGUCCCUUCACCUUGGCACGCGCGCCCUUCCACCCCCUGCAGCGCCCUCUGCCCACCGACCGACGCCUGCGCCCCUGCCCAGCGACGCCGCGUCAGCUGUGGUCGGCGCCCAGUCUGCCGGGCGUCUUCGAGCAACGGGCGUCGUUGCCGUCGUCCAUUCCCGACGCCUCCGACGCUAUGGCAGUCGCCCAGCUCCUGCAGGGCCUUCGUGGCUAGUGAGCGCCGUCCGUGGUGGUGAUGCAUUCGUUGGAGCACGGCGUCAACCUAUCUCGCAGAGCGUGCAGGUUCGCGAUCUUCACCCUGCUCACCUUCGGGGUGCUGGCAGUGCCCCCCGAUCAUGCCUCCGGGUCCGUGGAGAGAAUACCAUCUCAUGGUGGUCCCUACGAAAGGGCCUACGACAUCAACUCGUUAUCCAGGGGGAUAAUACCCACACCUCCUGGACGGUAUCCAGUGAGGAGUGAGGUGCCCAGCACGAUGGGAAGUACUGAAGGUGAAGAAGAGGUCGGUAGUACUGAUGAGACGGUCCAGAAGAAGAAGGUGGAGAGGUAUCCGGUGAUUUCAGUAUCGUUUCAUCGAGUGGAGACGCCGUUCAUUAUAGGGUUGUGGAUAUUUUGCGCUAGUUUGGCGAAGAUCGGUUUCCACAUGGCACCAAAACUCAGCGCCAGGUUUCCAGAAUCUUGUUUGCUGAUUUUCGUGGGUGUGGCGAUCGGCGUUGUGUUGGUGCAUAUUACUGACUCAGUACACAUGUCACCGCUUACUCCGGACACCUUCUUCUUCUACAUGUUGCCGCCUAUCAUUCUGGACGCGGGAUACUUCAUGCCCAACAGGUUGUUCUUCGACCACUUGGGCACCAUUUUGUUAUUUGCUGUUAUAGGAACUAUUUUUAAUACAUUACUUAUAGGUGCUUCCUUAUGGGCAGUAGGACUUACAGGCCUGUACUCCUGUGAUACCCCCUUACUCGACAUGUUUCUCUUCGGCUCCCUGAUUUCGGCCGUGGACCCGGUGGCCGUGCUCGCCGUCUUCGAAGAGAUCCAGGUCAACGAGAUCCUGUACAUAGUCGUUUUCGGCGAAUCGCUGCUCAACGAUGCCGUCACCGUGGUGCUGUACCACCUGUUCGAAUCGUACACCGAGAUGGGGCUGAACAAUAUCCUAGCCACGGACAUACUGUCCGGCUUCCUGAACUUUUUCGUGGUGGCGCUGGGUGGUACGGUGAUCGGGGUGAUUUGGGGCUUCGCCACCGCGCUGGUGACCCGGUUCACGAACGAAGUGCGCGUCAUCGAGCCGAUCUUCAUAUUCGUGAUGGCGUAUUUGGCCUACCUCAAUGCAGAAAUAUUUCACAUGUCUGGAAUUUUAGCGAUAACGUUUUGCGGCAUCACCAUGAAAAACUACGUCGAGGCCAACAUUUCACACAAAUCACACACGACGAUCAAGUACGCCAUGAAAAUGUUGAGCAGCUCGUCGGAAACGAUCAUUUUUAUGUUUUUGGGUGUUGCGACUGUGAAUAAAAGCCACGACUGGAACACCUGGUUCGUCAUUUUAACGAUACUGUUCUGUUCUGUGUACAGAGCCAUUGGUGUGAUAAUUCUGACAGCGAUAGCAAAUCGUUUUCGUCUGCACCAGUUGAGCAAAGUUGAGAAGUUUGUCAUGUCGUAUGGUGGAUUAAGAGGAGCAGUCGCGUUUGCUCUUGUUUUGCUCAUAGAUCCGAAAAUCGUGCCUCUACAACCGAUGUUUAUGACGACGACAAUUGCUGUGGUGUAUUUUACAGUUUUCUUCCAGGGCAUAACGAUAAAACCGCUUGUAAAAAUACUUAAUGUUAAAACGGCUGAAAAAAGGAAACCCACAAUGAACGAGAGAAUACACGAAAGACUGAUAGACCAUGCUAUGGCUGCAAUUGAGGACAUAGUUGGUCAACAUGGCAAUUAUCAUAUCCGUGAUAGAUUUAAGAGAUUCGAUAACAAGUUUAUUCGACCAUAUCUUCUUCGAAACCACCAAGGAGCCGAACCAAAGAUCUUGGAGACUUACUCCAAGUUAGCCAUGAGGGACGCGAUGGAGUACAUGAGGAGGAACGCCUCCACCAUAGGAAAUAUAUCCAACACUGAGAGCAUGUCGGCCAUAUUCAGAAACUACACCUCCACGGGCAACCUCAACGGAAGGUGCGCUCCCAAACUGUCCACCUGUUCUAGCUUGAGCCAGAUAGAUUCGAGCACGUGGAACAUAGAUAUGCAGGAAUUAGAAUAUAAUCCGUCUAAGAAAGACCUCACAGAUGCCAAGAUCCAUCACUUGUUAGCAGAAGAACUAGUUAAGCCUUAUAGAAGGCAUCGAAGACUAAGCUACAGUAGACAUGCUGUGAACGACAGAGAUCUCUCAACUCAAGUGAACUACAGGAUGCACUUUAACAUGAGGAGAUUGGUCGCUGACAAGAAGCACCAUCACAGCCAUAAGAGACACAGCAAAAAAAUGAACAAGAAUUUCCUUGAAGUGCCUGGAAGAUUAGAAACAGGAAAACCGAGUUCCAGUGGUCUUGCAAAGGAUGGAAAACAAAAUCAUGUGAGUUUUCCGGAGUUUCAGCAGAACGGAACAGCGAAACAAUUUUCUCAUGAUUAUAUAAGUGAAGUAUUAAAUGAGGAGAUGGACACCGAUCCCAAAUCAAAUCGAGAGGAAUGGGACAGCCCUAUAACUUUUACGGCCAAGUCAUCACUUACAGAUGACAGUAUUUUUUCUGAUACUGGGAAACGCAUGUCCAAGGGCUCUAUAGACGGCGGAGAUCUAAUGCGCGUUACAACCCCUACAGCAACCGAGAUGAUGUUGCCAUGGAAACGGGACGAAGAUGACGGCUCGGGUCCAUUGCAGCAAGCUGAGUUUCCAUCGUGGGCAUCUAACAAGGAAUAUCUGGCCUACAACUCACCAUCGGCCACCUUUUUAGGUGGGUUAGGUGGCUUAGAAAACCCCAAAACGUCCGUCAUAGGCCUGUUCCGGCGCGAGAGCCUCGGCUCCGACCCCACCAACAGCAACGACUCGACGCCCUUGAAGGAGCGGCGCAGCUCCCUAAGCCGCAUCUCCGUGCUCAUGAUCGAGGAGGGCGACUCCGAUCCCUUGGGCGCCAUGCUCAAAGAUCCCAAAGGGUCCCAGCAGCAGCCGCCCCUCGCGGCUCUACCGCCGCCACCGCAAACGCCGGGCCAGCGCAGGCAGGCGCGACGUAGCUCCAUGCUCGAGCUUAGCGGGUGUGUUUCAGACUACUACUACACUAAUCAUAUUUAGGGAAAUGUAAGAACAAAAAACGGAACUGGCUCGAUGGUUGUUGGAAUGGGUGUUUUAUAUUUUGCAAGCGACCUGCAGUCUCGUGAGGAUUGAGUAAAGAAAAUGUGUACCUGCACGAUAUCUUAUGUAUAGACACGAGAACCUGCGUAUUCUCAGGAAAAAAUAUUGAAUCAAAGUCACUAGAAGUAUUCUCAUUUAUAUUAUUUUUUAUUAUAAUAGUCAAUAACCAAUUAAAAAUAUAUACACUAACAUAAACACUAUUUAAGCUCAUACUCGCUUCAAAUCUGGAAUACUGAUUGAGCAGAAGUGUGCCUGAAAAAUUCUGCUGAAAAUAUGCUGACGAAUAUUGUCCUCUUCUCAGUUGGAUAGGUAUGUCAUAAUGUCACAUAUAAAGUCGGCAUCAUAAGAGAUUUUAAUUGAUUUUAGGAAAAUUUCACUUAGCUGCCUGAUUCAAUAUUUUGUUCUGAUGUACAUUUAAAAAUGUCGAUAAGCGGUUUAAUAGAUAGUAUCAUCUUUACAAUGUGAACAUUGUUUACUUACAAACUUCUGCAUGACUUACUUAGUCGCAAUACUUUGCAGAUUAUUAUUGCAUCGCAGAUUACAGUUGCAAUGAUUUAAAAAUCGCAAUCGCAAUUUCAAUUGCAAUUGGAGAAUCGCAGUUUUGCUCGUUACGCUACUGGAUUCUACGUGAAAAACUCUAUGGGACACAGUUUUCACAUUUAUAAGAUAAACGAGAUACAAAAAGGGUCGAAAAUGCAAAAAUUUGAAUUUCGUGAAAACCGCAUCUUUGUAUCUCUAGUCAUAAACUAGAAACCCUAUAAAACACAUGAAAAUGAGACAUCCUCUAUAAUUAUAACAAUAGAUAUCAUAAAAUGAGAACUAAAAUGCUAUUUUGACGCCUAGUAAUAUUGCCUCGUUUGCUGGAUUUUGUGUUAAAUAUUAAAAUAGAAAAAUAUUUGUUGCUCCUUUUAUAUAAUAUUGACCUUUUUUUUUAUAAAAUGUAGUAGAUGUUACCUGUAAACCGUUUACUCAAAAAUUUGUCAAUCUGAAGAAAAUACUUCAGAACUUUGGAAAACAAGAUAGCUGUUUCUUCUCUGAAUUUGUAAAGAAAUUUUGUAGAAAUAAACAAUGUUUACAUGAAGUAAAACGUAAAUUCGACUAUCUAUAUAAUCCAUAUCGUUGUGUCGUCAAGAGUACUUCUUCUUUUGCUAACCGAACUAAAUCUGAGCACUAAAUGUUGAAUGUAAUGGAUAUACUAACGCCUCUUAUAAAACAUUGGUUGCACAAAUCUAUCUUAGUGCUAUUCGUAUAACCGUAAGCAUGAUAUUCUCUGUCAGUCUCCCAUCUUCCAAUCUACUUAGUGGCAGAACGAAGGACCACACACUGUACAGUCCUAGCUUUUUGUAUUUUAGUUUAUACGUAUUAAUAAUUAGUUUUAUUUCAGGAGUAUGUAAAAACUACAAUUUUUAAAUAAUUUCAGAACAUAUUUAAUAUAAUAACUAUUUUACUAUAAGAAAUUCAUGAUUUCUCCUAUAUUUCGUUCGAUAUACUUUAAUGAUUCGUGAUAUUAAACUUUUAAUUUCACUAACACUAAUAUUAUGUUUUACUAACACUAAAUUUUUAAGCUUUCUGUUGUAGUUUUUUCAAUAAAUAAAUGUUUGGUAAAUC